AAAAGCUAGUGGUGUUCGUUGGAUUCAAACUCCCUCCACUCAUCACGAUGACACUCUCUCUUCUCUCUCCUUCUCCGUCUGCUCUAUGCUUUGUCGGUUCCACUUCUUCGUCAUCGGCUGAAUUCACCGGCCAUUUCAGAAGGCUAUGGACAAGCAGAAGCAGAACCGGACCGGCACUUCCUGUUCUCACGAGAGCUUCUUCAGAGAAAGAUGAUGAUAAACCGGCAUUCAACCCGUUCGGUUUUGUCACUGACAAUCCGUCUAGCCGAAGCGCAAUUCAGAUGCCUGAGAGUCCUGCUGAGGACGGAAACGUCGGCCAAAUGCUUUACAGAAUUGAAGACAAAGGAAAGGAAUACGGAUCUUAUGUCAAAUCAGGAAAAUUCAGGUGGUUUGUGAGAGAAACAGGAUCACCUGAAAGCAGACGUGGGACAGUUAUAUUUCUCCAUGGAGCUCCAACACAAUCAUACAGCUAUCGAGUUGUUAUGUCUCAGAUGGCGGAUACUGGAUUCCACUGCUUUGCACCUGACUGGAUCGGAUUUGGAUUUAGUGACAAGCCACAACCUGGUUACGGUUUCGACUACACUGAGAAAGAGUUCCAUGAAGAGUUCGAGAAGUUACUUGAAGUCCUGGGAGUGACGUCUCCAUUUUUCCUCGUAGUUCAGGGAUUCCUUGUGGGUUCAUACGGGUUGACUUGGACUUUGAAAAAUCCCAGUAAAAUAUCGAAGCUUGCGAUUCUGAACACUCCACUGACAGUUUCUUCACCUAUUCCUGGACUUUUUCAGCAGCUCAGGUUUCAUUUUCUGUGUAGUCAAUCAAUUGCUUGCAUCUCAUGGUAUAUUGACUGCUCUUAAUUAUUGCAAGAAGAA